AUGUGCAAUUCUUGGCUCCUCAUAAUUGCGAUUACACUGGAAUGCUUAUGGAAUUCGCAGCUGUCCGAAACAUCGAAAUCAUGCCCAGCCGAGUGCAUCUGCUUAUCACAGACACAAGUGCUGUGUAACACUGGCGGUCUGGAGCAGAUUCCAUUGCGGCAAUUACCCUCCACCGUUGAGAAUCUCGCAUUAACGAAAAACAAUUUUCCGAUCAUAAAACCAGACUCAUUUGCCGGCUUGCGUGCCCUUAAGAAACUUUCAUUGGACGGCAACAAUAUUACACGCAUCAAGCAGUUCGCCUUCCGCGGUUUACCGCGUCUCAAGGAGCUCUCCAUCCAGUAUACGCCACUGCAAACAGUCGCCCAAUUCGCCUUCGCCGGCCUACAAAAUCUCUCCACGAUACUGCUGAGUCACAAUCAAAUUGCGACCAUCGAGGGUAAUGCGUUCGCGGGCACAUCGAAUGUCAAAUUGAUUUUACUGUCGAAUAAUCCACUCAUACGCAUCGAUAGCUCUGCCUUCUCGAGCCUCACCAAUGUUGGACACUUAAUAUUGCCCUCCGGCAUACGCACCAUCGAGCCGGAUGCUUUUUUCGGCAUGGACACGGUGGGGCUACUGAAACUUGCCUACAUGGAUUUGAAAGAGCUGUCGCCAUACACUUUUCGCGGCUUAACGAAUGUGCUCUUGCUGACGCUGCAAGAGUCCGAUUUGGGUAUUAUAUGCGCAGAUGCUUUCACAGGUCUGGCGCAAGUGGACAAAUUACAAAUACUUAAUAACAAAAUCGAUCUUAUCGAAGAGUUGAACUUCACCUACACAGCGGAUAUUAAGUUGCUCAAGUUUCAUGGCAAUCAUGUGCUGGAAACACCCGAUCCCAAUUCGAUCAUCAUCGAUGGUGUGGCACAGCUGGACUUGGUGAAUAAUCAUUUUCCCUGUGGCUGCCACAUUCACACACUACUCGAUGGUCCGCUUGUCGAGGGAGCGCACAAUCUCAGCGAAUUCCUGCAGAAAAACUACUGCAUCUCGCCAUUGGAUGUGAAUGGUCGUGCCAUGGCGGAACUGGACAUCGAUUCCAUUGGUCGCUGUCAAGAUCAACUGACUAAGGGCAAUCUCGGCUCGUCCGCCUCGUCGAUGGCGUUGAGCGUGAAUGUGACACUACUCAUCGCAGCGGCCACAAUUGAACUAAAAAUCUUGCGCACCAUUUCGGAGCAGUUGCUGUUGCUGUGGCAGUAUAGGGCGCGUGGUACGCGUGGGCGACGGCGCCGUUGGCAUCUUGUCGGCAGAUGA